AUGGCUGAUGACACCAGUGUUCCAGAGGAUUCCUCUAUUGCCUUCAUUGUUAAGUCUUCUACCGAUGCCAGGUUUCCCAUGACCCUCCCGUUGUCAACUCCCAUCUCAGAGCUCAAGCAGAAGCUCUCGAGCUCUGAAUAUGCUGAUACUCCGGUUGAACGUCAGCGUCUUAUAUACUCGGGGCGGGUUCUCAAAGACAACGAGACUCUAGAAACUUACAAGGUCAAGGAGGGACACACCAUUCAUUUGGUGAAAAGCGCCGCAAGCAACCAACGUGCGACCCCAACUACGCAGGCUAGCUCGACAACGCCAUCGGCUGCUGCCACUCCGAGUCAGCCUGCUUCGGGCGUCCCUGCCAAUCUCGCCGCUGGCACUGGUAACAACCCUCUCGCUGGUUUAACUGGCGCCAGAUAUGCUGGAUUUGCUCAGCUUCCUGGUGCGGGUCUCUUUGGACCUGAUGGCGGAAUGGGCCCUCCUCCAGACGCCGAUGCCAUGUUGAACAUGUUGGACAACCCUCAAUUCCAAUCCUCACUCAAUGAGGCUCUACAGAAUCCCGCAGUGAUCGACAUGAUGAUGCAACAAAAUCCUCAGAUGCGGGAGAUGGGACCAGGCAUGCGACAGAUGCUGCAGAGCCCCGAGUUCCGCCGUAUGUUAACCGAUCCUAACCAAAUUCGCCAGAUGUUGCAAAUGCAGCGGGCAUUGGGAUUGGGUGCAGGGGGCAUGGGUGAAAGUGCUUUCCCAGCACCAGGUGUAACCAACACGACACUCGAAGGUCAGAAUGCUCAGCAGCCCAGCGCACAGGAAACCCCCUUCGGCCAACUGCCGGCGAACCCGUUUGCUUCGCUUUUUAAUGUGAACCCUGGAGCUGCCCAGACUGGAGGUACUCAAGAUAGCAGCACUACAACCUCCGAGGGACAAGGAAACGCCACUGCUCAGAGUCCAUUGUUUUCUCUUCUUGGUGGUCUCAAUGGUAAUCAGGCCCAGGGCCAGGCUACGAACCCGUUUCAGAGUUCUCUUAUGCGUAACCCAGAGUUGAUGGCACAAAUGAUGCAGGCCAUGGGUGGGGGUGCGGAGGGCGGCGCUGCUGGAACAAACCCAAUGGCGUCUUUGUUUGGUGGUGGUCGUUUUGGAUCUCCACAGCCGCCAGCUGAUACUCGACCACCAGAGGAGAGAUAUGCCGACCAACUUCGCCAAUUGAACGACAUGGGCUUUUACGAAUUCGAACGCAACAUUGAAGCCCUGCGGCGAAGUGGUGGGAGUGUGCAGGGAGCUGUGGAGUAUCUACUGACCCACUAA